GCUGAACCCUGCACCUGGCUCCUACCCCACCCAGAGCUGCCACCCUCACCUGUCCCCAAGCUACCCUGUCACCCAGAUGCAGCAUGCCAGCGGCCAGAAGCUAGCCUCCUGGCCAGCCUGCGCUCCUGGCCACACGCCAAGCCUGCCUCCAUACCAGCCUGCCUCCGGCCUCUGUUACGUGCAGAACCAUUUCGGUCCGAACCCUAACUCCUCCAGUGUGUACCCAGCUUCCGCAGGUACUUCCCAGGGGGUGCAGACCCCGGCCCCCGUCAGCUACCCUGGCACAGUACAUUCCGGGGUGUCUGGCACCCCAGGGGCUUCAAGCUCCAAGGAGUCCUCCAGGGUCCCCAUGCCCUGAGGGAGUCUCUGGGGAAGGCGUCGCACACCUUGGUCUCCCAAGGAACGUCCUGUCUGAGCAAGGAUUCUGUUGACAAGAUUUAUUUAUUUAACACCUGUGUGCCAGGCUCUGUUGAGAUUUGGAUUACUGUCCCUGUUGCCACCUUAUUUUUGCUCACAUACAGUUUAUUGGCCCAGUUUUCAGAUAUGAAAAGUGAGACACUCAGAUGACAUGCCGUAUCGAGGCUGUGACAGCACAGCUGGGCUCAUUAGCUCCAAGCCUGGAUCCUCCCAGGACAUGGGAGGGAAGGGCAGGGUUGUCGGUGGCUGCUGAUGGCUCUUGCUGGGCCCACCCUUCCUUCCUGUCUUGGUUUUGUAGUGUCCGUGUGUCCCUGUGCAGUGAGUCUCGCUGCAGCUGUCCCCAUGUCAACUCUCCUGUCUGGCUAUGGUGACCUGCAGCUGUAUCUGGUGGGCCACUGUGUCAGUUACCUUGUAUAAAGAACCA